UUCUACGCUUCCGACUCCAUGAUCCUCCCCCCUAAGCUUCAAUUUCCGCGUCUUCGGCUUUCUGCUGGAUCUUCCGUCAAUAUUCUGGUAUUUGCGCCCGCUUAUAAUUCUCUAUUGCUUUGGUAUUGGCAUGCUCUUCUGAUUAUAAGGUUCUAUAGACAAGGUCAAGAAUGGCUGUUGGAUUUAAGUACUGGGAUGAUUGUGUUGAUCCACAAGACAUGGAAGCAAUGUGGAGUUGCCCUCAAGUAUGCGCUGAAUGGUUAGAUGCUGGAGAGUCCAAAGAACAGAAGGUUCACCUCUCAAGGGAUCCAGAUGGACAACCUUAUUUGACUCAGACAGAGAUGAAGGCAGUGGCAGAUAUCAUUGUUCAGAGGCACUUUGAUUCCAAUAUAGAUUCUGAAAUGAUCUGUGCCAUAGCGGAACUUGAGAGCGAUAGACAACUUCUUGCAACACGUUAUGACAAAAAAACCAAGGAGACAACAUUAGGGAUCAUGCAACUAACACUUAAAACUGCUGAGUGGCUUAUCAGUGAAUUGGGUUAUCAAUCUUAUGUAUUAGAAGGGAACCCAGAUGUCCUGAAGAAGCCUUUUGUCAGUGUAUAUUUUGGGGCUGCUUAUCUUAAAUGGUUAUCAAACUUUGAGCAGAAAGAGAGAAAUGAAGAGUUUGUAGUUAGGGCUUAUAGAGGUGGUACAAAGAAGGCGACUCACAAAACAACUCUACAACACUGGAAAAGAUAUCAAUCAGUAAAAGAAAGUCUUCCAUCCAGAAAACAUAUCAAUGAAGGCAUCGUGAUGAGUGAGGCCUCCAGCUCUACUACAUCCCCUCCGCCUGCUUCAGGGAAUACAGAGGGUGCAGCUAUUAUUUAUACAUUUUGGGAUUCUCGAGCUACUCCUGAGGACAUGGAAGAGAUGUGGAAUAAUCCUGAUGUUCUAAAAGAGUGGACUAAAUCUGGAGAGAAAAAGGGCAACGUACGGUUUUCUCAUGAUGCAAAAAAGAGACCCUAUCUUUCCCGAGUAGAAUUGAAGGCCGUUGCUGAGAUCAUUCUUUCAAAACAUUUCAGUACAAAAGGAGUUCAACCAACGGUUCUCUGUGCUCUGGCUGAGAUAGUUAGCAUGCGCUUCAUUAAUGGAGCUGGAGGACGUCCUGGAAUAAUGGGGAUCGACUAUUCAACUGCAUUUUGGAUUUAUAUGGAAUUGAGCCACAGAGCGUAUAGACUUGAUUCUGCUGACGACUUAACCAAGCCAUUUGUGUCCAUGUAUUUCGGUGCUGCCUACUUUGUUUGGUUAUCUGAAUAUGAAGGGAGGGAACGAACUCGACAGUUUGUUUUUCAGGCUUACAUAUCUGGGCCGCAAAAUGUGGAUCUUCAAGAACCAGGCCCUCUUUGGCUCAAAUUCGAGGAAGCACUGAGCAGCUACGAAGACACUAAAAUUGGCACUCAAGGGAGCUGUUCCGUCAUGUAAAGCAGACAUUUACCUCUCCAUCUGUUUUCAUCUGUAAGUUGUUCGUCAUCAGUUGAUCAUCGCGACAAGCAGAGGGUGGAAGCAGGAUAUUCAUUCAUCCACACGACUAAACUGCACUUGGAAGUUUUUUUUUUUGUACAGUGCAGGAAUAUUACAAAACAAAUCUGUUCCAUAAAUUCUUUUCAUUCAUUUGCCAACCACUAUAUUUCAGUGUCAGCACAGCAGUGCCUUUCUUU